AUGGAGCGGAAGAACCACAGUGGGAGAGUGAGUGAGUUUGUGCUGCUGGGCUUCCCAGCUCCCGGGCCACUGCAGGCACUGUUGUUUGCCCUUUUGCUGCUGGCCUAUGUGUUGGUGCUGACUGAGAACACUCUCAUUAUUGUGGCAAUUAGGAACCACCCUACCCUGCACAAACCCAUGUAUUUCUUUCUGGCUAAUAUGUCCUUCCUGGAGAUCUGGUAUGUUACUGUCACUAUUCCUAAGAUGCUUGCUGGCUUCAUUGGGCCCAAACAGGGUCAAGGACAGCUCAUCUCAUUCGAGGGUUGCAUGACUCAGCUCUACUUUUUCCUGGGCCUGGGCUGCACUGAGUGUGUCCUUCUUGCAGUAAUGGCUUAUGAUCGUUAUGUGGCCAUCUGCCAUCCUCUCCACUACCCUGUCAUUGUCAGUGGCCGGCUGUGUGUGCAGCUGGCCUCUGGCUCCUGGGCUGGUGGUUUUGGCAUCUCCAUGGUGAAAGUUCUCCUCAUUUCGCGCCUCUCUUACUGUGGCCCCAACAUCAUCAACCACUUUUUCUGUGAUGUCUCCCCCUUGCUCAACCUCUCGUGCACUGACAUGUCCACAGCAGAGCUUACAGAUUUUGUGCUGGCCAUUUUCAUCCUGCUGGGGCCACUUUCUGUCACUGGGGCCUCCUACAUGGCCAUCGCUGGUGCUGUGAUGCGCAUUCCCUCAGCUACUGGACGCCAUAAAGCCUUUUCCACCUGCGCCUCUCACCUCACUGUUGUGAUCAUCUUCUAUGCAGCCAGUAUCUUCAUCUAUGCCCGGCCAAAGGCACUCUCAGCUUUUGACACCAACAAGCUUGUCUCUGUACUCUACGCGGUCAUUGUACCAUUGCUCAAUCCCAUCAUUUACUGUUUGCGCAACCAGGAGGUCAAACGUGCCCUGCGCCGUACUCUGCACCUGCUCGAGGGCCAGGAAGCUAACCCUGGGAAGGCUAGCAGAGAUGUGUAG